UCAUCCACAUCCACAGAUGUGCAUUUUUUCUCUCAUAGUUUUGUGGCUUAACCAUGUAAAAUAUAAUUAGCCGUAGUGUAUAAACAAUAAGAAUAAGUGCAAAGUAAACAUAAUGCCCAAAAAGUAUAUAAAUAAUGAAUUGUAAAAAAUCAGAUUUCUUUAAUAUUUAACCAACCGCAAAAUUGUUAACUUAUAAUCAACUUAGAAAUUAGACGAGCGAUCAAGACAAGAAGGAUCCAAAGGAUCUAUGAGUAACCAACAACAAGCAACAAGAAGAAGCCAGUAACACACACACAAUGGCCGCCGAGAAGGAGAUGCAGGCCCACGACAUGGUCCGACGACGGAGCUGGGCCCGUGCGGUGGCCCUCUACGAUCAGCUCAUAACCACGCCCGCUUCCGGUGGUGGCACUACGAGAGCACAGAAGGAUCAACAGAUUGCCUGCCUGCUGGGUCGUUGCGAGUGUCUCCUGGAGCUGGGCAAAUUCGAGGGUUGCCUGGCGGACGCUUACAAAGUGCUCACAUUGCUCUCUGAGCAAACCGAGUGCCUGGCUAGCGUUUCCAGGGCACGCCGCUGGCUCGUCCACGCCCUCUUCAAGAUGCACAAGUACGGGGAUGCUGAGAUCUUUCUGAGCAAGUGGAUCAAUGAGCUGAGCGGCCAGCAAAUAUACUCGGACAUAUCCAAGACCCUUGAACGCUACAAGUCCAUCAUACAGAUGAUCAUGAAUGGCCAGCACAAGUCGCAGGCCCAGAAGAUCCCGCACGCCCGUCUCGAGGACGAGAUGGCCAUACUGGACACCAAACUGGAUCAUUGGGCCACCAACAAUUUGCCUUUGGACAAGUACAGCAAAUUGCUUAGCAACAAGGGUCUGAAGAAGCGUGAGCAGCAGCAGCAGCAACAGCAACAACAGCAGCAGCAGCAGCAACAACAGCAGCAGCAACAGCAACAACAGCAGCAGCAACAGCAGCAAAAUGGCAAUGGAACCGGCAGUUAUGCUAGCAGCAGUAGUAAUUCCAGUACUGGCAGCAGCAGCACUAUGUCCAGUUCCAGCACCAGCCUCCACAAGACCAACGAUCUGCUGGCAGCCAUGAAACUAACAGCCGGCAAGCAUCAGCCAGGCUCUGGCGAUGGCUCCAGCUCGGAUGGCGGUGACCAGGCGGCGCCAUCAACCACCUGCAGUUAUUGCGCCAUCACCUUCCAGACGAGAAACGAACUGCGCCAGCACUGUCAGACCGAGGCUCAUCAGAAGGUGAUCAUGAGUGAUGAGGGCCGUGACUGGAAAUGGAGACCACCGCCUCGCGGCUACACCCUGGACACCUAUUCCCUGUGCGAAACGUUCAGUGAGGCGCAUACCUGCCAUUACGGAGCCCAGUGCGUGGAGGCCCAUGGCCAGGAUGAGCUGAACGAGUGGAAGGAACGCUUCGAGUAUCGUCGUAUGCGAGUGCAAAAGGCCUGUGAGAAGGAGCUGUAUGGGAAGUCGUACACGGAACAGGUCCUAGAACGAUGGAUCCAGGCCACGGCACCGGAACGAGUGAUGUGCGAGCGGGUGCCAGACAUGGAGGCGAGAUGCGAACAGCAGCUGGUCACCAGCAUUAGUUCGAAGACCUCGAAGCGAGAGUGGCUCUUUCAGCUGGAGACGAAAAAACCCCUGAAAGCGGUAGCCCUGCUCCAAGAUGCCCAUCGGAAUCACUUUGCCUUGAAGUCCAUUAGGAUGACCAAGCCCACGGAGACGAGCAUGGAGCUAAAGUCGGAUCAGGAGUGGGUGGCAGGCAGCAGCAGCAGCAGUAGUUCGUCAGAAGCCAGCGGCGAUGAGACCUCCCCGACGCUGUGUCACGAAAUUACUGUGGAGUUUCAGACGGAGAUCUAUGGAACGUUUAGGCAGGCCAUCUGCUUUGAUGUGGGUCAAGAGCCGCUGCUAGUCCGGCAUCUCUGCGUGGACGUGCUGCCCGUGAAUGAUGCGGAGAAGAUUGAGGAGAUCAAGCGGGACAUUAUCAACAGUUCAGCCACCCGGUGGGAUGUGGCCAAUACGCAACUCACUCGAUUUGAGACCACCAUUGGCACGCACCUCAAGACGGAGGCGUAUCUCAGCGAUCUGGAGCACGAACGAGAGCUGUUGGAGCGAUAUCCCUGCCCCAGGGCGGCCACCUUUACGCUGACCCAGUCAACGAUUGUGGAGAAACGAUUGACGCAGAACAACUAUCGAUCCCGCAUCCACGAACUGUUGUCAGUGGAGGAGAUAGCCCGCUACGAGCAGAUUGCCAGAUAUAAUGUGCGUACGCGUUUGACGGUGGCCUCCAACUAUAUCCUAACACCGGCUGGAAUGGCCACGAGCACAGCGAAAUAUUCUCUGGCUGGUGAGCUGUUUGCUCUGAUGCGUUUGGGGAAGGAUAUCUCGGAGGAUACGUCACCUGGCCGCCUGAUUCUCUCCAACUGCAGCAGUGUGUACAUCUCAAAGCCAGAGGAACCGGACUCUAAAGCUAACCCCGACCAGCUGCGGCAAGUCUACGAGGCUCUGAUCGAGGACAAAGGCAAGAAUGUGAUCUAUUUGAAGCUGUCGGCCAAGUGCGUGGAGGCAAUGUCCCUGCAAGCGGAUACGGAACUGGACGUGGACAUACAGUUCCAGCUGAAUCGAAUGCCCUACUGCGAGUGGCAUAAUGCUGUGGACAAGAUCACCGACUUCCGACUGAUCUUUCCCGCCACGGAGCUGGAGCCCAGUAUACCCUGGACGCCGAAGAAACAGUGGGCCGAUGCCUGUGAGCCCAAGUUGAAUGCCAAGCAAAGGGAGGCAGUGAAUGCCAUUACCACGGCUCUGAGCAUCAAGUUGCCACCGAUCCUGCUCAUUGGACCCUUUGGCACAGGCAAAACCUACACUCUGGCUCAGGCUAUCAAGCAGCUGUUGGCCCAACCGGAGGCCAAGAUACUCAUCUGUACGCACUCGAAUUCGGCGGCUGAUUUGUACAUUAAGGAGUACCUGCAUCCGUGGAUCGAGGAGGGUCUGGAGGAGGCCACACCGCUGAGGGUGUACUACCACAAGCGAUGGUCCGCCACGGUGAACGGAGUGGUGCAGAAGUACUGCAUCACCGAUGGCGCUGGCAACUUCAAGCGGCCCAGCGUGGAGGACAUAAUGCGGCAUAGGAUCGUGGUGGUUACGCUGAGUAUCAGCAUGGAGCUGGCCACUCUGGGCCUGCCCAAGGGUCUCUUCACGCACAUCUUCCUGGACGAAGCGGCUCAGGCAAUGGAGUGUGAGGCUAUAAUGCCCUUGGCCCUGGCCAAUGAUUCCACGAGGAUUGUGCUGGCCGGAGAUCACAUGCAGAUGAGUCCGGAGCUGUUCUCCGCCUUUGCCAAGGAACGUAAGCUGCACAUUUCGCUGCUGGAGCGGCUGUACGAUCAUUAUCCCUCCAACUUCCCGUGCAAGAUCCUGCUCUGCGAGAACUACCGCGCCCACGAGGCCAUCAUCCGCUUCACAUCCGAGCUCUUCUACGAGCAAAAGCUGGUAGCUUCCGGAAAGCAGCCGCGGCACGAGCGCUUCUACCCUCUGACCUUCUUCACCACCCGAGGCGAGGAUGUUCAGGAUAAGAACUCGACGGCCUUUUACAACAACGCCGAGGUCUACGAGGUGGUGGAACGUGUCUCCGAGCUUCGAAAGCGAUGGCCCAGUGCCUGGGGCAAGUUGAACGAUACCAGCAUUGGAAUCAUGACGCCCUAUGCGGAUCAAGUGUUCCGCAUUCGAUCGGAGUUGAGGAAACGACGCAUGGGCGGCAUAUCCGUGGAGCGAGUACUCAAUGUCCAAGGCAAACAGUUCCGGGCGGUCUUCCUCUCCACGGUUCGCACGCGACGCACUUGCAUGCCGCAGGGUAGUGCCCCGGGUGGAUCGACAGCCUCCUCUACGGCCAGCAUCGGGGAUGCCGACACGGACUACGGAUUCCUGAGCAACUCCAAACUCCUGAAUACGGCCAUAACACGUGCCCAAUCUCUGGUGGCCGUGGUGGGUGAUCCCGUCGCUCUCUGUUCCAUCGGACGCUGCCGGAAGGUGUGGGAGCGCUUCAUCGAGAUCUGUGACGAGCACAAGUCGCUGUUCGGUCUGACGUGGUCGAACCUACGCUCUCAGCUGGAUGGUGUGGAGCUGAAGCGCGGCUAUGUGUUGAAUCCUCUGGCUCCCGAGUUCGUUCCGCGUGCCCUGCAACCGGAGGCAUACCUGCGAGAGCAGGCUGCUCUCUACUUGAACGGACCCCAGCACGGACAUGGCGGAGUUGGUGGCCAUGGACCAGGUCCUGGUCCGCCAGCACACUUUGCCUCUGCCGCUGCAGCAGCUGGAAUGCUUGGUCCCGGACCGGCGGUUGCUGCACAUCAGAUGAACCAAAUGGCAGCUGCCAUGGCGGCCAACCAACAGCUCUCGCACAUGUACUCCACGCACAUGGCGGCGAUGAUGGCUGCCGCAGCGGCAGUGGGAGGGAAGUCUGGCAGUGGUCCUGGGGCAGGAGGUCCCGGAGGACCCGGUCCAGGGCCACCACCACACUUUGGCGGUGGCGGUGGCGGCGGCGGUCACAUGGGAAUGCGUGGACCACCGCCGCCGGCGCCACAUCUACGAGGAAUGCCACCCGGUGGUCCGCCGCCUGUACAGCAGCCAGGAGGGGCUGGUGUGGGCGGAGGAGGAGGAGGAGGAGGUGGACCACCACCACCACCCUAUGGACAAUAUCCGGCCAUGCAGCACUGGCGGCCACCGCAACAGGGUCAGAAUCAAGGCCCGGGACUGGGACAACAGCCACAGCCGCCACAGAAUCCCAACGCCAGUCUCUGGGGACCGCCGCCGCAAACGAAUCCGUGGAGCGUGCUGCCACCGAACAAGCAACAGCAACCGCAGCAGCCGCAACCGCCACCAGUGAGUGCUCCCGGACGCGGUCCAGGACCCCCACCGCUCAAUGCAAAUCCUUCACUUCCGCUGCGCGGUGGAAGUGUUCCUCCGCCGCCGCCAAACGCCUCGGCAGCCGCCCAGCAGCUGCUGAGGAAUCCCAGCGAACUGGGCUACCUGGCCAAGAAGACGUUGUAUAAUCACGGUCAGGCCCCGCCACAUCAUCAGCUUUAUGGACCCGGACCUGGACCCGGCCAGCCACCGCCACCGUCUCAGCAGCAGCAGCAGUUGCAGCGGGGCAGCAGUGUGCCCAACGGACCCAUGUCGCCCAUGGAGAACGGACCACCGCCGCCGCCGUAUCUGCGGCACAAUGGAAGCGCCGGUGGCUACAAUACGGGAGCCCCACCGUUGCCUCAGCAACAGCCGCCGCAGCAGCAGCAGCCACCGCCAAAUCCCUUUAUGUACGGUGCUGGGAAGCAGCCCUCGCCGAGUUCCAUGCGUUUCGGUGGUCCCCUCACCCAUGACCUACUGCCCCCCAAUGUUAGCAUCUAUGAGAUGGCCUUCAAUCCCAAGGAGGAGCAGUACAAAUGGUAUCUCAAACUGUUGGAAACGGUGGGUCAGGAUGGAGCCAACAAGUUUGCGGACAUGUUGCGCCAGGUGAUGAACUCGAUGCAGCAACAGCCGCAACACAAGCCUCCGCCGCCGCCACCGCAACAGCAGCAGAUGGUGAACAAUCCCAUGCUGACCAAUCCGCAUGUGCAGCGACCGCAGUAUCCCAUGAUGUAUCCACAGCAGGGCCAGCAGCAGCAGCAGCCACCGCCGCAGCAGCAGCAGCAACAGUCCGUAGAUGCUUCACCGCCGCUGGAGAACUUCAACCAGCAGAUUGAUCUGGUCUUUAACUCCAUCAUGAAUGGAGCUAACGACAUUGCCCAGCCCAUUCUGCGGGAUGUGCUGGGCAUGGUGGCCGGAGCUGGGAAUAAUCCUGGUCCACCACCACCGCUGGCCAAUGGACUCAAUGCAGCCGAUCUCCAGCAGCAGCAGCAGCAGCAGCAAAGUCGUCUGUUUGCCAUGAUGCAGCAGCAGCAGCAACAGCAACAGCUGAAGCCACCACCAGGACCGCUCUAUCCGAACCAUAUGGGACCUGGACCUGGACCUGGCCUCCACCAGGCACCGCCCAAUGGCACUAACACGAACUUUAUGGGCAAUGCUGGAAAUGCUCUGCUCAAUGAUAAGCCUUACAACAACCUGAACAUGCAUAACAAUGUUGGUUUGAACAGUGCUGCUGGCAUGGGAUUAGGAGGAGGCGGAGGCGGCGGCGGUGUCGCAGGCGGAGGUGGUAUUGGUAACCACAAUAACAACAACAAUAGCAACAACAAUGGACUGUUGAUGAAUGGCAACAACUCGGUACCUCUAUACCGGCGACAAGCAUUGGCUGGAAAUGGAAUCGGUGGCGGUUACAACAUGUCCGGAUUGGAUACAGGCGCCAAUUUGAUAGAAGCCUUGUUCCAGGCCAAUAACUCGAUGGUAGCCGAUCAUUCGGUGAAGUCACAGCCUUCGGAUCAUAUGCACGGAUUGCUGUACAACAAUUUCAAUGCAAUGAAGGGUGGCAACCAUGAUGUGGACCUAUUCCAGGCCCUGCCGCCCAGCAUUGUGUCCCAUUCGGAGGCGGGCGGAAGUCACCAUCAUCACCAUCAACACCAGCAAUCGUCGGGAGGCGGUUCCUCGUCGGCGGCCACCACAUAUGCGGCCGUACUGAGCCAGGGACAUCAGGCUGUGGGUGGAGGCAACAACGCGGGACCCUCGGCGGGGCAAUCGCAGGGUCAGGCGGGAUCUGUCACAGGUGCCGGCAGCGGCGGUAAGUCUUCGCAGGCAGGCGGCGGUGGCGGCGGCGGUGAUCUCUUAGAGAAGGAUCCGUUUGCGGCCAUUAGGGAACUGGGACAGGCCACCACCGGUUUUUACAAUUAUUUUCAGUGAGAGUGAGGCGGCAGCGGCAACAUCUCAACAAGCUGUGGCAUCAACGGGUCUUAACCUAAUGCAAAAA